AUGAAGUCACUGCAGGGCGACGUCCCUGAUAAAACCAGUGGGCUUCACCAGUUCCGCAGUCCACUACCAGCUGUCGACACAGCUGAACUCGCAGUCGGUGCCACUUCAUCGACCGCUGCAGCCGUUACCGUAGUAGCAGCUGCUGGUGCCGCCUCCCCAGCCGUUGCCACCCCACUAGCCACCCGCACCAUAACCGACGCUGCCUCCAACGCCGCCCACGACGUCGCCGUUGACGCUGCCACAGACGCCGACGCAUUGUCUGCCGAUACCAGUAGACAGCCACACAUCCGGAGUGUACUUCCGCGCGGUGCAGUCGGCUGGGUCCGCUGGCAGUCCCUGCGCAGUGUCGGAGCGCGUAUGGAGAUGUCCGAUCGCUACGAGCUUCAUGGUUCGCCGACCCAGGACGUCAAAGUUGAGCAAUGGUUUCAACUACCCAAGCCACGUCCAUUCAUGCUGUGGUGGUUCGUUUCGGUGGUUUGCUGUUGGGGAGGUUUUCCUGUGAGGAACACCGAGUGUUUCUGCUGCUGAAAUUUAGCCGCCAUGCUGUGCAAUUAACUAUUUUGGUUGACUACAAUUCGAGUGUACCAGCGGAAUUUUCUGGCUAGUGGGCGUUAGUGUUCCGGUUACCUGCCCUGGCUACUAACGUAAUUUCAGGCAGCGUCCUUUCCUCACCUGUUGUCGCUGUCCAACGUGGUGUGUAAUUUUGACAGCUAAUACAUACUCCAAUGUGGAUUAUCACGUUUGUAAUUUUUCCUGUCUGAGUUCUCAUGUACUGAUUGAUGGGAAGCAAGUCGUUGUGUCGAUCAGUCCGUGGCUGUCCCCUGGUUGGGUUCCGACAGAUCAAGUGUAGUUGGGCUCACAACCUGUCUCGCCUAAGUGAACGAGGGCAGACCGAUCUCCCUGGAGGCUUCUGAGUGGCACCGGUGUUUAAUUAACUGUUUUCAGCUGCUUAAAAUUUAAGGCUUAUGGUUAUCUUUUUUUUCUUAA